CUUGUGAGAAUUAUUCGAGUUUCUGAGCUUAGUAAAAUGAUGAACAUAACAGGAGGAGUGUGCUCUAGAUUGGUUGGAGACCUAGUGCAAGCAUUAGGAGUUGCAGCAGGAUCAAGAUCGCCUUCUGCUGAUCCAACUCCAAUUUGCAACCCUGUAAAGAAUACAGCUGAAGUUGACGAGAUGAUGAUCCAGGCCUUGACUGAUGUAUUUGGGAUGGAAAACAAUGGUAAAAUAAAGAAGAAGAACGCACGCCAAGUGGUGGAGAAGCUUGGCUUGAUGUAUGGCCAUGAAGAAGGAGGAGAAGAAGAAGAAAAAUCAGCUGCAUUAAUGGACGAUGAAAUGCCAGUGGAGGAGGUGCUCAGUGGGUUGGAGAAAGGGUCAGAGCGGCAGCAUUUGCUGCAUGAAGCAUUCAAAAUAUUUGAUGAGGAUGGCAAUGGGUAUAUAGAAGCGGUAGAGCUGAAGAGGGUGCUUCAAUGCCUGGGCCUGGACAAGGGUUGGGAUAUGAACGAUAUCGAGAAGAUGUUGAAGGUUGUUGAUUUGAACUUGGAUGGAAGGGUUGAUUUUAGUGAGUUUGAAUUGAUGAUGAGCUAAUUUUUUUUUUCUCAGUAAAUGUUAAUUUUUAUAUCCUUUUCCAAGAUUUUAUUUUUCCCAAAUAACAGAUGAGCAAAGCUGCCAGAUGUUAAUUUUCGUAAUCCAGACUAAUUAUUUGCC